CUUUCCCCACCUGUAAGUACAACUAGCAGAAUAACAUCGUCAGCGGUCAGCCAUUGUCGUGAGAUGUGAAGAUUUUUUCGUGAUAGAUCAAGAUCAAAAACUAAUUAAUUAUUACAUAUCGAAAUUAACGUAUUAACACUGAAAUGCAUACAAUCCCAGAAUUAGGUACAAGCGUACCAGCGUUCCUUGCCAAGCUUUGGAAGUUGGUCGAAGAUCCUGAAACUGACGACCUUAUUUGUUGGUCACCUAAUGGACGGAGUUUUUUCAUCAGAAAUCAAGCACAAUUUGCUAGAGAAUUAUUACCACACUAUUAUAAACACAAUAAUAUGGCCAGCUUUGUCAGACAAUUGAAUAUGUAUGGUUUUCAUAAGAAAGUUUCUGUUGAACUUGGUGGCUUAAAAUGCGACAGAGAUGAAAUGGAAUUUGCACAUCAGUUUUUUUGUAAAGGACAUCCAUAUUUAGUAGAACAUAUUAAAAGAAAAAUUGCAUCCAGCAAAGGACAAGAUCCAACACUUACUCCUAUUAAGCCAGAAUUAAUGAAUAAAAUGCUUACUGAAGUCAGAAGUAUGAGAGGUCGUCAAGAACAUUUAGAUUCACGACUUGGAGCUAUGAAAAGAGAAAAUGAAGCAUUAUGGAGAGAAUUAGCAAUGCUUAGACAAAAGCAUCUUAAACAACAACAAAUUGUCAAUAAACUUAUACAUUUUCUAGUUACUUUAGUACAACCUUCAAGAAAUGGUGGUCUUUCUGUUAAAAGAAGAUAUCCAUUAAUGAUUGAUGAUUCUAGCCGUCAACGUAACAAACAAGCAAAAUUAUCCAAGUCACAAGCAUCUCCCGCAGGACCUGUUAUUCAUGAGCUUGAUGCAUCAGAACCAGAUCUGGAUUCAGAAUAUAUUGUUGCAGAAAUGCUCGAAGGACAUCCAAAUCCAGCUAUUGAAAGUCCAGAGCAUAAUAAUACAUUAAUAAUGGAAGAUAAUAAUAUGGAAACAAUUCAUUUGGUUGAUGAUUCUGUUCAAUUGCAAGAUGAUAUACAACUUAUUAAUGCACAAGAAAUUGAAGCAAAAAAGAAACGCGGAUGUAAGGGUAAAAAAAAGAGGAAAAACAAGGUGCCGGUCAAAAUUUUGAUCCCAUCAACGGAGAAUGGAGAGGAACCGAGGGAAGAAACACAUAUGCUUGAAAUGCCAUUAGAGGAUUCAUCAGUGACGAUCGCUUUAUUGGAAAAUAAACCAGUUUCUAAACCAGUACCUAUGGCAACUGUACGUAGUUCAAAACUCGCAGCAAUGGCAGCUAAUAUGAGUAAAACUACUGAAACAGAGCAUGAGCUCGAUAUAGAAACUCCAACAGAUUUGGAGGAAGAUAUUCAAGAAAAUGAUCCAACCUUAGUGAAACUUGAGGACAUUUUGAUAGUGCCAGAAAUCAUCAACGAAGAUAUUGAAAGUAAUGAAAAUGACUUUAGUGAAAAUAAUGGCAAUUCUGAAACUAGUGAAAAUGACACUACAUUUGAUCAACUAAACAAAGUAGAUGGUAACAAUGAACAGAAUAAUAGAAGAAAUUCCUAUACAAAUGGUGCUGAGAAAUGUUUGGAGCAAGAAAAAGACAACUGCAAUGGAGCAAGCACAAGCAAUUCAAAAAAUUUAUCUCUAAGUUGUGUCAUUUCUUCUGGCAUGUGUGACGCUGCUUACAGGUUAGGUUCAAUGGAGGAAAUGGAUAAUCAUCUCGAAACAAUGCAAACGGAAUUGGACAAUCUCCGUGAAAUCUUACGUAGCGAGGGUUAUAGUAUUGAUGCAAAUACACUUCUUGGUUUAUUUGGAGCGGAUGAUCCAAUGUCGUUUGGUAUGCCAGUUAAUCCAGAAUUAAAUCCACAUUCUGAGAAAGAGGAAGAUGAUCAUGCUAAUGUUGCAGAAAAUAUUAGUGGAACAAGUGGUGGUGAACUUAUGGCAUAUAAUCCUACUUCAAAUUUAUUAGAUUUCGACGAUGACAUUUUCUUAAAUGCCACAUCUCCUGUAACUAGCACGGCAGGUGAUACAGCUACGACCAGUCUUUAUACCUCGGAUCCUCUCGAUUUGGAGGAUAACAAAGUUUCACUUCUCAAUUCCUUAACAAAUGAUGUAAACACUUCAUCAUAAAGUCUUAUUCUUAUGCUUUGGAGGAAAGACUGCUGGAUUUGUAAUUACCUUAUUGGUAAUAUCUUCGUUUUAAUUAGCAUAUAUGAUGCUAAUUAAUCCUGUAACAAGUUUAGUAUAUGGAGGGGAUGGUAGAAACAGUUAAAGUGCAUAAAAAUUCCUUGAAGAAGAAAGUAAACAAGAUAAAGAACCAAAUGAUACAAAUCUAGAGAUUGAAAGAAACAAUUUACCUUCAUAUUAAUAAACUAUGCGGAUAAAAACGUAUUUCAUGAACUUAUUAAAAAAAUAUAUGAUAUACAAAAACAAUAAAAAGAAAUAAAGAAGUGAAAAUGCGCGCAUCAUAUAUAUAUAUAUAUUGAGAAAAUAUUAUAAACUUCCAUUUUCAUUGUUUUGUAUAUAAUCACACAGAAUUGUUGCAUUGAUAAAGAGACAUAGAAUAUUUCUUAAAAAUGUUCGUCACGCGAAAAGUAACAUUUUUUUAUAUAGUGUGUGUAAUGCACAGUAUUAGAAUAUAAAUAAAUUAAUUCUAUAUUGAGCAAUAUGUACAUCAAAACGUACAAAUAUAUGUAUAUAGAAAUCUAUAUAUAUAUAUAUCUAAAAAAAACUAAUGUGUGUUAAAAGUAUAAAAUUUGUUUAAUAAUAUCAUUAUAUUUUUUAACUAUUCUUUCAUUAUGCUAAAAGUUUGAAUGAAAGUAAAAAGUACAUUAAGAUUUCAGUGUUUAAAUAUUAAAACAUUGUCACUAUCCUUUUGUCAUAUAAAAGAUUUUCUUUAUUUUGAAGUUCCGCAUAAUUUUUUAUUCUUAUUCUUCACUUUCUUUCUUUUUCUUUUUUUAAGUUUUAUUUUGUGUAUUAAAGAUUAUAUGAAAACUAGUUAAAAAUAAUAUCAUCAAAAAUAUACCAUAAAAAUAUCUUUAAUGAAUUUUGUAAAUGAAUUUGAACAAAAUAAGAAAAUGAACAAAAUAAAAGUAUUAUAAAAGAUAAUAUAAAAAUGAAAAUAUAAAGGAAAUAUUUGGAAUAUUCAAAAUAUUUAAUUGAGAUUUCUUUAGAUAUAUAUUUUAUAGAAUAAAAAAUCUAUUUUUAUUAUCAUUUAAGAUAAAAUUUAUAUUUAUUGUUUAGUUUGCGUGCAGUAAAUAAUUUAAACUUAUAAAUAAUUCACUAAACACUGAAAUCUUUAUGCUGAAUCUAUAAAAGAUAAAUUGACAAUUUUAAUUUAUGUAUAUCAGAAGAUAAUAUAAACAGAUAGUACAUUAUAAUCUUUGUCAAAUUAACAUUAUUAUUUUAAUUUAGUUGUAAGUAGGUUUUUUUUUAUAUUCAUUUGUCACACAAAAAAAAGAAUUUAUAUUAUAAAUUAAAAAUUUAUAAAAAAAAUUUAGUUACAUAAUUUCAUAUACAGUGAAGUGUCAACCAUACCUUUAUGAAUUUUUUUUUUUCUAUUUAUAUCUUUGAUUGAAAAUGAUUUCAACGUACUAUUUUCUUUAUUAGAUUUAAUCUACAUUUAUAUUAUUUAUCUAUGUGUUAACUACUUUUAUUAUAUAAUAUUAAGUGUCUAUUAAUUUACAAUACAUAAAAAGUUAAAAAAAGCUCAUUAUUUAGAAUAUUUAUCAAAACAAAUUGUUAUUGAUCUUCUAUGGGUUAUUUUAAAUUUUUUAAUUAAUUUAAAAAGUCAAUUUUGAACAAUUAAAUCAAAUUUUAAUUAUUCGUUUUAAAAUUUUAUUAUUAAAUGCAUAUACUUUACUAAUUGUUUGUAUUAAGUAACUAUUUAAUUACCCAUAGAGGAUCAAAUUACAAGUAAGAAUGUAAUAAAAUCAAAAUAAUAUAUACUGUACAAAAGUAUAGUUGAUACUACACUGCUUGUAUCUAAUUUUGUGAUAUAUUAAAAAGUUUUAUACAAAGUAGUAGAAUUGAACUGAUCGCAAACGAGUGAUGUUUCGUUUAUUGAUUAUCAAUUGUGUGUUUUGCUACUAAUUAUAAAAAAAAUACUAGUUAUGAUAGUGUUAAAGGUCAGAUUAAAACGUCUAAAUAUGGGAAGAAAAAUAUUGAGAAAAAAAAUUUGCAAUUUUCAUUCAUCUACAUUUAUCUUGUGAAUACUUAAUACUAUGCUCUUAUUUUUGCUAUAUAUGAAAAUUGACAUUUUUUUGCUGCCUCAACUAAUGUUAUUAUGUAAUAAACAUAUAUGUUUCAAAAAUCAACAGUAAUCAAUUAGAAGAAUAAUUCUUUAAAAACUACAAUUUUAAUCGAAGUUACUUUAUUCAAUAUAAAUAAAUUUUUAAAAAUAAUGUUAAAUUUAUUUGUUUUAAAAUAAAAUUUAGAUCAUUGUUUACAUAA